CAAGUAACUCACAUUCAACAAAUUUUGUCACAACAAUGAAGACUAUCUUAUGCUACUUACUUGGUUUACUUACUAUCAUUGUUUCAUUUGCUUCAGCUGCAGAGAAUCAUUACCAUCAGUUUGUUAUUCAAACUGCAACAGUGAAGAGGCUGUGCAAAACUCGAAGGAUACUCACGGUAAAUGGACAGUUUCCUGGUCCAACGAUCGAAGCUAGAGACGGAGAUUCUAUGGUGAUCAAAGUAACAAAUGCUGGACCUUACAACAUCUCCAUCCACUGGCAUGGGUUUAGGAUGUUGAGAAAUCCAUGGGCAGAUGGACCUAGUUAUGUGACUCAAUGUCCAAUCCAACCAGGAGGAAGUUACACAUACCGCUUUACGAUUCAAAACCAAGAAGGAACACUAUGGUGGCAUGCUCACACUGGUUUCCUAAGAGCUACUGUCUAUGGAGCUUUCAUUAUUUAUCCGAAAAUGGGUUCUCCUUAUCCUUUCUCUAUGCCAACUAGAGAAUUUCCUAUUCUUCUUGGGGAAUGGUUUGAUAGAGAUCCAAUGGCUCUCUUAAGACAAACACAGUUCACAGGAGCACCUCCAAAUGUAUCUGUUGCAUACACCAUGAAUGGUCAACCGGGAGAUCUCUACAGAUGUUCCAGUCAAGGAACCGUACGUUUUCAAGUGUAUGCAGGAGAAACAAUUCUCUUAAGAAUCAUCAACAGUGCACUCAAUCAAGAACUCUUCUUUUCAAUUGCUAACCAUAGAAUGACUGUUGUUGCUAUGGAUGCUGCUUACACAAAACCUUCCAACACUAGAGUCCUCAUGAUAGGACCAGGUCAAACAAUCAAUGUCCUUGUCACAGCCGACCAACCACCAGGCCGAUACUACAUGGCAGCACGCGCUUACCAAACCGCCAUGAAUGCUGCAUUUGACAACACAACAACUACUGCAAUUCUUGAAUACAGAAAUAGACCACCUUCAAGACCUAUUUUGCCAGUUUUACCGUUUUUUAACGACACGGCCACUUCAACUGCAUUCACAUCACGGAUUAGAGGUCUUUCCAAAAUUAAAGUGUUUCAAAAUGUUGAUGUGAGUUUAUUGUUCACUGUAGGGUUAGGGUUAAUAAACUGCACAAAUCCUAAUAGUCCAAGGUGUCAAGGACCAAAUGGAACAAGAUUUGCAGCUAGUAUAAACAACAACUCUUUUGUUCUUCCUAGAACAACCUCCUUAAUGCAAGCUUACUAUAAUGGUGUUCCUGGUAUUUUUACCACAGAUUUUCCUCCUGUUCCUCCUAUACAGUUCAAUUACACAGGAAAUGUUCCUAGGGGUUUGUGGACACCUAGAAAAGGAACCAAGUUGUUCAAGUUGAAAUAUGGUUCCAAUGUUCAGAUUGUUUUGCAGGAUACUAGUAUUGUAACAGUUGAGGAUCACCCUAUGCAUGUUCAUGGGUUCCAUUUCUUUGUAGUUGGUUCAGGUUUUGGAAAUUUUAAUCCAAGGACUGAUCCUGCUACGUUUAACCUUGUCGAUCCACCUGUGAGGAAUACUAUUGGAACACCUCCUGGUGGAUGGGUGGCCAUUCGUUUCAAGGCCGAUAAUCCAGGAAUUUGGUUCUUGCAUUGUCACAUAGAUUCACAUCUCAAUUGGGGUUUGGGAACAGCACUUUUGGUAGAAAAUGGAGUUGGCCCAUUACAGUCAGUGAUACCUCCACCACCAGAUCUACCUCAAUGCUAAAAGCAUCAUUAAUCCUAAAUUAUGUCACUGAAUUAUUUUACUCAAUUAUUGCUCUUUUUAAAUACUUACCUUAUAGAUUGUAUUUCUUUUUGUGAUUUUCAAGGUCCAUAAUUGUACCAAGGUCAAUUGGGACUUGAGUAGUUUAUUUGUUGUUUUUGUCUUUCUUGAUUGGGUUGUAACUUUUUAAGAUUUUUAAAGGGAAAAAAAAAGUGUGAUUUCUCAUUAGUAAUAUUAAGAGUUUAUUA